CGCGACCGGUGAUCCACAAGCACUCCGCCUCAUUCACCCAUAAGCUCUAGUUAGUCGGUUGAUACCAAGGACGUGGCAUUGGCUCACAUCACACAAGCGAACGAGACCGCGCCUCAAGGCCUAUUGUGUGUCGGAUUGAACGACCUGUCAAGAUGCCUGCCCCACUCGAGCCGAUCAAGAAAUACAAAUGUACGUACAAGAACUGCCCCGCCUCCUUCGACUCGGAGCGGGCAAUGAGGAGCCACAAGAAGCACUCCGAGGAACAUGAUUACUGUGCGAAGUGCGACGAGGACUUCGAUUCUUACGACGAUCUCGCUCAACACAAGGCCUUCCGCCCGGACAUGCAUGGCAAAGCGUGUCGUGUGUGCGGAGAAGAGUUCAAGUCUACUUCCGGUCUUCGCCGUCAUAUCGAGCUGAACCACAAAGUCGACCAGAAGCUCCCCUGCCUGGGUUGCGGCUCAGAGUUCUACCGCGCAUCACUGCUCGUGGAACACCUUGAGUUCGGACACUGUAGUGUUAUCACGCCGGAGCAAUUCCAAGGCCACAUAGUGCACAAGCACCUUGUGACGAAGCUCCUCGAGGGCGGCGCCGCCUAUGAUAGAUUCAUGCAGAAGAUCUCCAAGUUCGAUGCCGCCCAGGAUUACGAAGAGGAAGGUGGGGUCGGUAUCGAUAUGCCGCUCGACCAAGACGACGAUGACGAAGCUAGAGAUGUCGAAUUCGCGGCGAUCAAGCCAGAGACAGCGCCAGAGGAGCCUGUACCAUAUACUGGACCAUACCCCCCGCUCCCGUCCCAGUCACAGGCUAGGAGUGUUAGUGGAGCCUCGGAUCUUUCUGCAACAAUGAGAAAGAUGUCUCUUGGCGGGAACUCCGAGUCGGCCACUGCGGUCGGCUCGCGCGACGGUACUUCCAGGACUCCAACUUCAAGCCGUCAGCUUAAUCCAUGGGGAGGGAAAGCAGCAAAGCAGCUUUUCCCGGAGGCUAAACCUACUCCACCGCCCAGCGAGUUCUCCAUCAGCUAUCAUGAUGAGCAGAUGGAGCACGAGCACGGUAUCAACAUCAUGAAUACCCGCUUCUGGGACCCCUUGAGCCGUGACUGGAAUCCAGAACGCUUCUAUGAUACUGUCGUGUGCAAGUACUACUGCCCAUUCAUCUGCGAGCAAACCUUCGAUAUGCCCGACGAGAUGAAUACACACAUCCUCCAAGACCACCGCAUCGCGAGGAUGAAGUGUCCCUGCUGCCUAAAGUACUUCAAGUCGGUCACAGCGCUUAUGAGCCACUGUGAGAGCCGCGCAUCGAAAUGCCCGAUCAACAAGGCCGAAGACUUCAAUAUCUUCUUAGACAAGAUGACCGGCGGCUUCCUCAGCGUGGAGGAGAAGACGCGCGCUGAUCAUAUUCACAACCCCACCGUCAUGGUUGAGAACCCAGACACGGGUAGGCUGGAGCAGUACACGCCGCCAGUCGCCACCUAUCUUCAAUACAGCUCCUCGAAGCCCGUCGAUUGGAAGGAUCCUGAUAAGGUUGCGGCGCAGAUUGGAGGCAGCGGUUCGUCGCAGGUCUUCAACUACCAGGGCAAGCUGUCACAGUGGUAGGUCGCAUCUCGAUGCUGGAGUGUCGGCUUGAUCUCGUCGAGAGAAUCUGGAAGACAAACAGUCGGUGGAAUGCAGUCGAUGAAAGACGAAACAGUGCUUCUGCCUGGUCCCAUUUGCUGGCACUUUCCCUGCGCACACCCAAACAUCAGCGGUCUACGAACCUAGCCUCCCUCUUCUUUCAUAGAUUACCCCCUUGCACAUCAUCAUCAUUCACCAAGCUUUACUGCAUUUAUCUACUCCCUUUGAGACUUCAAAAGCAUGGAUGGAGUUCACUGGCU